UCAUGCUGGCUGUUCAUUGAGGGGGCCUUUUGCUGGUUCCCCGGUCCCUGAUUCCCGUCCUCCGCAACCAUAUUCCCCUGUUUCUUAGUCGCGUUCGUUUUUGUCCUUCUCUCUCCGGGCCCCCUCUAUCCUCCACCUCCCCCCAGCUAUUAGUGUCGGUGGUAAGGCAGUUUCACACAAUCCAGUUGUUUCAGUCCAGUGUCAGGUCCAGUUUUCUGAAUCGGCUCGUUCUCACACAGCUGCUUCCGUGUACGCAACCACGCAGGUUGCCAUGGAUAUCACCACCAAGUAUUGCCAUAAGGAGAUGGAGAGCUAUGGGCAGUGUGUGGCCGCUCACCCGUCAACAUGGCAACAGCAUUGUCAAGACCUGAAGAUGAAGGUGGCACAGUGUACUUCUUCACACCCUGUGAUCCAGAAGAUCCGGACAGACUGUUCAAAAGAGUUCACAGAGUUUGAACGCUGCUUACUAGAGAACCAGAACUCACCUACCUCCUGUUCAGCACACGUAGCACGCUUCCUCGGCUGUGCCGAGACAGUGGACCUUGCCGGAGUGGCAUUGAACCCGGUUCCUCAGCCCUCUUAGGACCCAGCAGGGACCAUCAUCCAUCCCUCUCAGAGAAGAUAUCUCCUUUCUGCAAUACUGACGCCGGACUGCUCUAUCAAUCAUGGAUAAAUCAAUGCCCAUGUCAUAUUGAUAACAUCCUGACUUUGUACAUGAAUAAAGUGGAAUCUUGUCCAUGGCUACUUUAGGAUUUAUCAAGAGAACUCGGAAUAUUAGACAUUUACAAGUUAUUGGGACGGAUUUCUGCCUGAGACCGUCAAGAUUCAAGACGGGUUAUUUCUUGAAGUGAUUUAAUAACUCUUCGAUGCUACAGCUCUCUGAAAUACACUGGGACAAUGGGAUUCAGAGGUGUCCUCUUUUCUAUAUGUGAAAAGAAUCACUGUGCAGCAGGUUUUAGUGUGUGUAAUACAUAUUUAUAACACUGUAGUAACCUCAGGUAGCAGCAUAAAUGGUUCUUUUCCUCUCCAAUUUAUAUUGAGAAUGAAUGUGUGUAACGGUUUGCAACCUUUGCAACCUCACUCCGCAGCAUAUCUGUGCACAACUGCGUGUUAUCCAAGUAUCCCUGGUUUGCGGUGUAGUGGUCUCUUGUAAAUGUUAUUUUGGGUGAAGUUUAUCAUUAAACUCCUAUAUUUCAGUCCUA